AUGUCUUCAAGAGAAUCUGACCGCAUCUCAUCUGCGCAACAAACGCUCGACAUCCUUUAUGAAAUCUCUCAGCUUUUGAACACGCAACUGGAUAAAGAGACGUUAGCCACUUGCGUGGGCAUGAUUGAGAGUGGCGUCAAUCCUGAAGCGCUUGCAGCCGUAAUUCUUGAGCUCAGGAGAGAGAGCACGGCACUACAGCAAGGUCAAGCGGCGACGUUGUCGGCUCAACCUACCACAACCAACGGUAGAGUAAGCCGACCCGCGAGCAGAUUAGGCACGAGAUAA